UUUGGACAGACUAGAAUCGUGGUACGUGACCCAAAAGUUAUCGCGCACUUUUAUGCUCGGGAGACAUGGACCUACUAUCUGCAAAGGCCUUUUUCGCUGAUGAUUGUAGAGAGCAUGGUAGAUCGAGGGUUAGUAUGGGCUCAGAGCGAGAGCCACAGGAGGCAGCGGAAAGCCAUUGCGCCAGCUUUCAGUGAUGCAGCUAUUGAGAAUUUCACAUCAGCGUUUACGACUCGACAUACAAUGUCAGCAUUCGCAAUUUGA